AUGGCAAAAGCGGCAGUCCGUCGCCAGCCUGACUUACCGCAGAGCAGGGUCAGUAGAAUGGCCAGCAUCGUGGUGGAAAAGCCCGGAGUUGGCAUGACAGAGGUAGAUGUUGCCUGUUCGAGGCGGAGAAAUUUGCAGAAAAAUUCCGAUAGAAGUUCAGCCCAGUUACUGCGGCCCGGGGCAGGGCAGAGCACAACACAGCACAGCACAGCACAGCACAGUACCGCGUGGGGAAUAGUGAAAGUUGGGGACUAG